AAUGUGUGGCGACCUCCUGGGCAUUUCGAAAUACCAGAUAUUCUUGGUCAUGCGUUCCUGAAGCCAGAACCACACACUCCUAUAGAAUUGCGUCCUCUUGAUGUAUCCAAGCAUAUAUCCACAAAACCAUGGUACCCUCCAAACCCCUAUUAUCAAAUACCAUCCUUAGCCUCGCCAUCGAGAGCAAGCAGUAAGAAGUAG